AUGUCGCAUCAUCGACCAAGGGCAUCAGACUUCGACCCACCCACCCGCGACCAACGAUCACCAUCCCCAUCCCAUCAUCAAAGGCAACAGCAGCGCAGACCAUCGCCAAACUAUGAAAGGGGAAACCAACAGAACAGGCUCACCCCCGAAGAAUCUCUAGAUCGCCAUCAUCGCAAUCACCAUCAUCAUCAACAAGAACGGCCCCGGGAAAAUAACUACUCGAACGGAGGAUACCGCCAAGGUGGAAGAGAUGAUUUUUUUGAAAAACGAAGGUUGGAUCGUGCGAACGCGCCAGUCAUUGGUCUUUGGCCCCAAUCACCCACGCAAGCUUAUGGAGAAGAGAAGCAGAAGAAAAAGGGAUCAAGUAGUAAGAAAGAAGACCGACAUCGUUCAUCGAAGGAUAAAAAGAAGCAUAAAUCCUCGAGAACGAAGCAUCAUCGAUCAUCCGAUGAUGACUCGGGAACCGACCAAUCAGAUGACCAUAAUCGAUCACACAAGAAACACAAGUCUCGAAGAAGGAAGAAAAAGUACGAGUCGGAGAGUGAGGAUGAGAGUAGUGACGAUGAGCGUGCUCGACGAUCCAAGAAACGGAAGGGCAAGUCGAAAUCAGUCGAGUUAGACGACCGAAAAGAGGAGGAAGAUGACGAUGUAUGGAUGGAGAAGGAAGUCGCACCACCGACGACCACGACUACAAUCCAACCGGAAACAACGCCGCCAAAGAAAGAGAGCCUUCCAGGUCCAUCACGUCCAAUAGCGACACCGAUCGAGCAACCUGUAGAAACUGGGAGGGCCGAGUCAUUGGUCGACGAUGAGGAAGACGUGGGCGAGGUCGGACCGAUGCCUUAUAACCAUGCAACCGGCAAAGCGAUGGAUCCUAAAGAGUUCGGUCGGGCUCUGAGACCCGGUGAAGGUAGCGCUAUGGCCGCCUUUAUCGAGGCUGGUGAACGUAUUCCCAGGCGUGGUGAGAUCGGCUUAACGGGAACGGAGAUCGAAAAAUUUGAAAACGUUGGCUAUGUCAUGUCUGGUUCUAGACAUAGAAGAAUGAAUGCCGUGCGUAUCAGGAAAGAAAAUCAAGUGAUUAGCGCGGAAGAGAAACGUGGAAUCCUGAAGAUGCAAGCCGAAGAGAAAGCUAAGCGUGAAGGUCAAAUCAUAUCUAGCUUUCGUGAACUGGUUGAUACUAAGUUACAAGAAACCGGCCAAAAUUGA